GUACCCUCUUUUUCUCCUCUUUCACCACACACAUCCUCCGAGCAGAUUAUCUACUGUUCGAGGACUAAUCCUGACUCAGUUUCUGAGUACAUUCGUGAGUCCUCCUUUCUAUCUCUGCAAAGUUCCGCCUGGCAUUUGUGGCUCGAAAGUACCGAUUUACGUGCGGUGCCGUAUCGUGCUACAAUGUUAUCCUUUGGAUCCAACUCUUAUUAUGAGUCGGCUUCCAUGAUUGCCUCCUCGAGCCAGUCAUCUCACGUGCGCAACCAACCUGUUUCCGAGGGUGAUUCACGAGUCAAGGUCGAAGUUGGCACUCCGCUUCUGACUGUUUCACACACAUUCGACUCCUUGUCGCUUUCGCCGGCGGACAGCUCUAAUCUUCACCCCGUUGAGAACAAACCACUGAUGCCGACGUCGUCGUGUCACAGACCCCUCAGGCCGCCCACGUUGCAGCCUGCACAUCAGCCCGCUAACCUAGUUUCGGCUCCCACGUUGACUUCAAAUUAUCGGCAUCCUCCACAACAUUACAGUAGCGCAAAUGGCGUUCACUUCUCAAUAAACGCGUCGUUACAGAACGACUCACCGGUCACCAUCAGUCAACAUGGUCACUCGUCCCCAGCAACCUCGCUUUCGAGCUCGUCUCCUUCACAUCAUGUCUCGAUAAAUUUAUCUAGCCCUCGUCCUAGGACGUCGCACCCGGUUUUCCAUACCACAUCGGCUCUUGCUGCACACCAUGGCAUACCUCAGUCUUUGCCUCCAGUCCCUCGUACAACUCGAUAUCAACCAUCUUCUGCUGUCUCUACUUCGCCCAGUACCGACUUCGAUUUCUCUAACUUGUGCUCGAAUUACUUGACAAUGCUGUCGCAAAAACCGGAUACUCGAUCCGACAACAUGGCUGCGGUGCCAUCGAAUACAACCGCCCCUAUGUCUGCUACUGCUACCGCUGACGACGCAGCAGCCGUGCAGGCUCUCAUGGACGUCAUUCAAGGUAAAUUGAAUUCCAUCGGCGCCGUCGUGAGCGUACCACUCAUGCUGCAUGACUCCUUUCAUUGCACAGCCUCACCUGAGUGGUUCGCCAGCGAAGAAUUCCUUACUUCGCCUAUGGAAGACUCGCCAUGGGAAGAAUUCCUCAAUACACCUGCGGUGGGCAGUGAGGAUAUUGCGUCUGAGUUCCUCACUAGCCCUGCGAUUGUCGACUCGGACAGUUUCGGAGACUUCAAUGACAUGCCCCUAUUCAAUGACAUGUCUGGUCCCGUAUUCGAUCCGAUAAAGGCUUCCGCUCCUUCAGUGUCCGCGCCUGCUUUGUCUGCCUUCAACUUCGAUGGCAUGUUGACGAUGCCCUCGCCAAACACUCCUUCACUCGAUCCUUCGUCGCUUCAUCCCUCACCUCAUCCACGUCCUGCUCCUCCUCCCUCAACUCGGUCCACGUCUACCACACCUGCUCCUCGUAAAAGCGCGCCUACUGGAACACGUAAGAACAUCACCCCUGAGUCGCUUGUGCCGUUCGACGCACCGAUUCAACCGCGCAAAUACGUCACUCCCUCUGCAACGUCCCGCAAGGAGAUACCUGCUGUGUUUGCCAAGAAGCGUGCGAGGAGCCAAGCCUUCGGUGACGAGGACGGUGAGGACAUGAGCCCGGCUCCGCAUGAGCUUGAUGCUAUCGAGGCCAAGCGACGUCAAAAUACGUUGGCUGCUCGUCGAAGUCGUAAGCGCAAGUUGGAGUACCAAAGAGAGCUCGAGGAAGGUAUUGAGCACGAGAGGGCGGAAAAGGAAGCUUGGCGGAUGCGUGCGAUGACUUUGGAGACAAUCCUCCACAGUCAUGGUUUAGAGGUCCCGCAGCUGCCAGCUCCUUGAACAAUAGAAUGCUGUCUAAUCGCUGCUCAUGCCCGUCCUUUGGAUACCAUGUAUGUUUUUUUAUGUUUUCAUUUAGGACUUCCUUCCAUCAUCAUAUUUCUCUGUCGUACUCUUAUCGUCUCUAUUUGCCGCCGUAUGUUUUUGACGCGGCCGUCGGUACUCCGUGUACUUGUUAAUCACCACUAUUCCCCCAAUCCACUUGCCAGGAGUACCGUCGAAUUCCCCUUCCCCCAGUUGUCCAACAUCAUUUUGAUUUCUCUGCGUAAUGUUCAACCAUCCCCCUUCCCCUACCCCCACCCCAUGUGAUCGUCUCGUUAGUUUUACAUGUCCAUCUCAAUGAUAUAGUUUACGGAUCUAGUGUUGCUUGCAAUGCAUGAAUUCAAGUUGCGCAUUUUAUAUCUUGUCCGCC